UGGAGGGAGGAAAAGAAGAAAGCGGGGAGGCAGGCUGCAAGUGACAGCCGAAGUGGACCGCUGAAGAAAACAGUCGGUAAACGGGAUCAAACGACGACCUUACUGGACAGCUCCGCUGGGGAAAAAAGUGCAGCAACGUUUGGUUUCAUUCAACGGCGACAGUUUUCCGAGUUUUUGCCGACUUGUGGGUAAACUUUUGCCAGUAAAAGUAAUGGCAACCUGAGGUAACACUGUUGCUUCGAGCCUUCGCACAGGUAUCUUUAGUUAGCGGUUGACAUCGAGCGAGCAGAAGCUAAAGAAGCGUUUACGGUCCCAUCGAGUAACCCGCUUUUGUAGCUUGCGUGGGGCUUAUCCAGAGAGCACGUCAGGAGGUCGGAUACUCGGUAGAGAUGGGUGACAUAAACCCAUCGACAUCCAAUGCAUUUCAGCCAGAGGGUUUCAGUCCGCCGUACAGGAGGAGGACAGUGGAGGAUUUUAACAAGUUCUGCACGUUUGUGUUGGCUUACGCCGGUUACAUCCCGUACCCACAAGAGGAUUCUCCCCUACGCAGUAGCUCCAGUCCUCCCAACAGCACAGGCAGCACUGCUGACAGUGAUGGCUGGACCCCAGGACCCCCAUCUUCCUGCCCCCAGCGCCCACCAAAGGUGCCCCAAGACAGGAGCAGGAAACGUCCACAGCUUGCACCGUCGCUGUCCAGUCACAGCAAACGAGAUCGCACAAUCUCCACCUUGCAUCCAGAUGACCACAGGAAAGCUGAGAAGCUGAAGAAGAAGAGGCAAAAGGAGAGGGUGUAUCACUCGGGUGAGGAAACAAGGGCACCCAUGGAGACCCAUAGAGCAGAACCGGAGGUUCAGUCCCCUCUUUCCUUUGGAAGCCGAGUAAUUAAAGAAGAGCCUGAAGAUGAUUUUAGCAUUCCCCUCCUCCCCCCGUGCCUCCCCAGCCCUUCACCCUGCAAGGAAGAACCCAAGGAGGAACAUCGACACUGGGAUGGUCGAGACCUGGAAGAAGGGGUGGUAAAGGUACAGAAGGUAGAGGGCUUUUCAGGAAACCGAACCGUGUUCCGCCAGGGGAAACAAGUAGUGUUUCGAGACGAAGACGGCUCAGGAGAGGAUGAGGACAUAAUGGUGGACUCUGACGACGACUCGUGGGACUUGGUGACUUGCUUCUGCAUGAAGCCCUUCGCUGGCCGAGCCAUGAUCGAAUGUAACAAGUGUAACACCUGGAUCCACCUGUCGUGCGCCAAAAUCCGCAAGAGUCACGUGCCAGAGACAUACGUAUGCCAAAGCUGCCGAGACACAUACGGACCCCCAGAUGCCCGGCGCUCCCACCGCUCGCGCAUCGGCUCUCGUAAACAUCUGCUAGACUGACUCCGGGUCGGACCGUGAACUCUAAGCCCCUCCUCUCUGCCUCUGUUUACCCUCCACCUGCUGGACCUGACCCCCUCAUGGCCGACCAGGAACCCACAUUUUCUAAAGACACUUUGGUUGGAACUGUCCCCCAGGCCUUAUCCCAUCUGCAGACAGUUUGGUUGCUGUUUUAGAUCUACUGGGCUCCGUUUCUUGCUUCCUACAGACUUUGUGCGUAAGGCAAUCACUGAAUGGACACCUGUCUGUAGCGGACAUCAGAAUAGCAUCAAAUUAUCAAUGUUGAGACUUGGUACACUGGAAACGUUUGAACUGCCAUGUGUAGAAAUACCUUCACAACUGCCACCCACCUUGGUGCAUGCUGGGAUUUGUGGGAGAAAUGGUUUGCAUUUUUCCUCACCUUUGUUUGUAUUUUAAAACCUAUCAGAGCAUAGAGACAGAAAACAUGUCUUUCUGAUUAAAGUGGAUUUGUUUUCUCUAGGAUGGCUCCACUGUUACGCCAUGUACCGUUUGUAAAACAAGUAAAGCCUUGUUAUUUGCUUGAGAUGGUGCUAUAGUAUUAAGCUGAGGUAUAAUCCUGUAGAACAAAGAUGUAGGUUAAGCUACUAAGGUCUGCAUCUGCUUUAUCUGUUUGAUAUUUUUUAAAUUUUCCAUUAUUUAAGACAUUGUUAAAGAAUGUCUUGGAGCCUGUGAGCCCAUUCACCAAACCAAGCGCGGCUUCUUUUCUCUCGUACUUUACAAGCUUGUCUUCCAGCCUCUGAGUCGAGAUUGUUUGCGGCUUUACAGGUGCAUCGCAAUAAAUUAGUAAAUUAAAAACGGUAUCGUAUGUAAAUUCAUUACAAACGCGAUAGAUUUCAAGCAUUGAUUUAGGCUAAUUUUAAAGAUUGAGGCUUACACCUCAUUUAAAUCUAAAAUUUAUUUUCUCUGACAGAUCUUACAUAAGACCAACAGAACUGACAAGUAUGUUUAUGUACUGAUCAGAUUUCUGGGAACCUGAUCAGACUUCAAGAGGAACUAUAGGAAACAGUUUAUGCUUGGGGUUAAGAUCAGGGGCGUUCAGGCACAUAGAUGCCAUGGUUAAAGCAGGUAAUGUUGCUUUUGGCAGUGUGAGCAGGUGGCAGGUGCUGCUGGAAAAAGAAAUGAGCAUCUCCAUGAAGCUCGUCAGCGAAAGGAAGCGUGAAGUCCUGUUAAAUUUCCAGGUAGACGGCUGCACUGAUUUUGGACUUAACAAAACACAGAUGACAUCGCUCCCCAAAGUAUAACUUUGUGGAAAUGCAAAAUUUCCUUUGGAGCACUGAGCAAUAUUCCACUUCUAUUAUCUCGAUUAUCGUUUACAUACAGCAGUUCAGUUUAAGCAGCCAGCUUCUUUGGCUAUGAUGGUUUGUGGUCUGUGGUUCUUGCGGAAGGAGUCAAUCACUGCUGGACUACUGUCAGAUUGUUGAUUGGUAUCAAGCAAUAUUCAACCUUUCUGAGAAACUGCAUCUGGUAUGAUUGGUUUGAUAACCCUCGAAUUAACAGCAAGAAAUGCUUGAAGCAUAUCACUCUGAUGAAGCUAUAAAACAGUUAAAUUUUUUGAACUGACUUGCUGAAAUGACCUUUUCAGUGAUGUUCUUUGUUUAUGGAGAUGCACCUGUAUAUGCAGGAACCUCAAGCUAUGUUUUCAGUGUUUGAACAGUGGUUUUUCUUUUCAUCUUUACACAAAGAAGACUUUGAAAAAGUUAAAAAGCCAGAAGGACUGCAGUGUUCAGUGCAGGUGUUGUUUAGUUCUGGUUGGUAUGACAUUGACACAUUUUAUGGCACGUUUUUCUUGGUCCAAACCAUCACAGUUUCAUGAUGGAAAACAUUUGUAUAAGCAAACUCCGAGGCCGUCCUGUUCCCAAUUUAACGGAUAAGGAACGUAGUUAGGUAAGAGAGGCUUUCUGAGGACUCCAGGUAGAAAUAUGCAUGUCAAAGUGUUGGCUUGAAUGAGAGCGUUUGCCAUACAUGCGCUGCUAUGUGUUCCUAUCAAAGCUUCAUGGUUUUAUAUUUGAUUGUUUUUAAAUGGAUAUUUGCAAAGAAAAGUCGAUUUUCGUUGCCUUUUGAACGUUUUAAUCAGAGCAGAUUUCAGUCUCUUACAGUGUUCAUUUCCAUAAGAAAGAAGUGUAAUGGGAAAUGUUUUAUUAAGAUGUCUUAUGUUCUGAAACUUGGUCCAAUUUGGAUGAAAGUUCUAAGCUUUGUUAUUUAAGUGCCAUCUGCUGUUUGGGCCUGUAUGUGUGGACUACACGUUGUUUCCGAUUAUAUAAAAAGCCAUAUUUUAGACGGAUUUUAGAUGCAGGAAUUUUCGGAUCCUAAUCCAGGAUGGGGUUUUACAAUGCAUAGGGUUAGCUUAUCUGUGCACUCGUCUUCUGGUAUUCACUAACGUUAGGUACUUUGUACCAGCAUUUGCAGAGAUUGGGAUGUUUUCAUGACGUUUCAAACCAGAAUCAUUGUCAGUCCACAAGACGUUUGUCUUAAACAGAAUCUGAAGGCGUCUACGUCUUAAAGAAAUUAAUCUAUACUCAUUGUGAUCCAGUUCGCCUAUCCUGAUCCUGGGUUGUACCAUCCCCUUACUGAGAAGGCGUUGUCUGUACUGUGGUGCAAACUGUUUCUGUGAAACUAUUGUAAAUAAAGCGGUACCAUUUUAACCAGA